AAACAGAAAAUCGCCCAAUCAGAAGUUGGCAGAGUGGUCUCAUCCAAAAGGAUUUUUCACGACUUUCAAGAGCGAAUGAUACACUGGAUGGAUCAAAACUACAGUCGAAUACUUGAUCUGUUUCGAAGGUUUGACUCAGACAACAGCGGCACAAUUUCAUACGACGAGUUUGCGGCUGGUAUGAAAGAUCUAGGUGAGCUUGUUAUUACCACUUUUUUUCUUGCUUUCUUUUUUUUUUAAAGGUAAUUACAAAUCAGUAGCCUAAUGUAAAUAAAUGCUCGGUGAAUUCGCUUACUUGAAAUGAUCUGAAUUACGGUUUAAGCGUUCAUUACUUUAAAGAAAAACUGAAUCAAGUAAAAUUAAUACAGUCUUAAAUGUAAAGUGUAAAGUAGAUUUUUCCUCAAAAAUCGUACAAAAAAAAUUAUCUUUGAGCGCGGUAUGUCUUACUGAUCUAGAUUGCGAUUGUCGAUCAGUAGAUGACGUAAAAAUAAGAUCAACAUAAAAUGUAAAAAUGUCUUGCCAGGGCUUAGGUAAUACGGUAGAGCACGACAAUUUUGCAACCGAGAUGUUUUAAUUUGGUUUCUUUUUUUCCAAUUGAAAAUCAUAUUUCCAUGGCUGAAAAAGCACUGAGCUGAUCGAACACUGUAAAGGCAAAUGAAAUAACUGGUGUCUAAUUCGCCCGACUGAGACUGGUAUAGAUUGACGGUACAAUCUAGUGUUAAGCAGAUUAAAUUUCUACUCGCCAUUUUGAAGGACGAGUUUACUAUUGUUGCUAGACGACAAAAAAAAUAUAGGGACGGGGUGGGAGGGGAGGGGAGGUCCUUGUCCAGCCCCUAAGGUAUGUCAGAUCAAUUUAAGUUUUUUUGGUUGACUUCUCGCUCGGUCACAUGAUCACUGAAUACACAAUAAUUGUGGGAAGGGAGGAGACUAAAUUUGUCUAUGAAAAUGACUUCGAAAGAGAAUGCAAAAAUGCAAUUUCUUAAAUGAAAAUUUCAGACAGCAUAUCGCCUUAUGAGAAAACAAACUUCCGUUUCGCCAUACACGAAAAAGAACUUUCGAGAAAUUUGGAUAUAUUAGCCUCCCCGCAGCUUUCCAUUGCUAGCGCUGCAAGACGCGCCUUUCUCCGACCUCGGAGAGGUUUGAGACGAGUUGGACACUGGUUUCUCGGGGUCUGACACUAAUAAUAAAUCAUUAUCCGCGCUUAGGCCUGUCCAGAUUCUGUUUGUAAAAUACUGGAAAGUUCCUAACUGGGAUGCCAAAAAGUUGCUAAAAAAUGCCAUAAGUCCAAAAAGUUGCGACCUAAAUUUCCAAAGUUGCUUCUUAAAUUCUGGAUAAUUUUUAUGAACGUUAAUUAAAAGCUAUAUUUUUCGUUCUUCGUAGUAACAAACUUAGCUUUAAAGGGUUGCUCUCAAAUAAGGGCGGUUUCUAACCAUCCAUUUCCGUUAGAGGAAAGUAAAUUAACAAAGACAGCCAUUUUGGUGCGUCGUUUUAACCGAUUAUCCGUUCUAAUAUUACAAAAUAGGCCUGCGAAACAUUCAAGUAAUCGGCAUAAAUCAAAGUUUUUAUAAAAUCGUCAACUUCAUCGUGCUUGAAGUGUGCUCUAAACCUAAAAGUUGCCAAACAUUGCUCAGAAAGGCAAAAAAUUGCUCGAGGUUGCUUAAACCGCAAAAAGCUGCUCCAAACGCCAAAAGUUGCUCAAAAGUUGCUGAGCAAAAUCAGGUCAAACCUAAUAAUGCUACACCCCUUGAAGACCUCUUACCUGCUAGCAUUGGUUAACGCUUCAUACUUUCCCGCCAGCGAAGAAACGCUCGUGCUGAUGCACUAAUAGUAAGGGCCUAUGCAUGCGCGCGGGCUAAGAAUACAUUAGCCCACGCCCAGAUUAGUUUCCUUCUUCAACGCUGCAAUUUUUAUGAGUAUUAUUACUUUCCUUUUUCCUUUUUAUCCUUUUUAGGUGCCCCUGCCACUAAAGUAGAAAUCUAUAUUAUGGCCACGUCCUUAGACUCAGACGGCGACAAAGAGAUCGAUUAUCGCGAGUUCAAGAAGAUGCGACGGCGGAUUAAAGCGAGCGCGCCGAUCGAGAAGGCCGCCGAACUAGAAGAAUACGAAGAACCGACGGCUCAGUUACAGUCAUGCCCCAAGUGCAACGUGGGAUUAUGGGAACCUGUGGUCGAGGACGUUACUGGGUAAGAGUUCGUGUUGGCGUUAAUUAUACGCGUGAAAGAGGCCUAGAUUGAAUUGCAUGAGAGAUUUUGUUCUAUAGAGGCUUAAAGCCAAAAAAAAACCCGAUAUGCUACGACACUUCGAGGAUAAACUUCAAGGAAUGGCGAGAGGGGACUAAAUUGAGAAGACACACCCUGUCUUUACCCAAUCCUCUCUCUUCCAAAGUUGUCGCUCAGUAUCGAGAGAACUGGUCACGCUCUUAUUCGAGAGCGUUUGUGUCAAGGAAAAACUGUCAACUGCUGCCUGUGUGUGCUAGAGGAGACGACUUGCAAUUAAAUUGGUUUCGAUUCGGAGACAACCAAUAGAAAAGCGCUCCGGGGUAACGAAACAGUUUAGUAUGGGUUUAGAUAAUGUUUUCUGUUUCCUUGUUUGUAGGUACGUUGUGCUGGAUUUGCACAGUGUUUCCUUGCAAGAUGUCACCUCAAUUCCGGGAUAUAUUAGUGCUCAGGUCCCUUCCAACAUUUCUAUUUAUGGCAUAACGCUGAUCGUCAAGCGCGAACUGGGACCGUGCACUUUAAAUAUCAGAAUAUUUCAGUCAAACGAAAAUGGAGAAAAACAGGAAAUGGAGAGUAGCAAGAAACUUAAAGAUUUCGGAUUUCUAGGAACUUUGCCACCAGACGAACCACGCCAACUUACGCUGUACUACGAUUAUGACUAUCCGUUCCUGGACUGCCCGCUGCUUAUGGCAAACUUUUCUAUCUAA